AUGUUGAGAUUAUCUAAAAUUCUCAUAUUUUCUUUGUUAUUUUUUCAAUUUCUAGUCUGUUUAUAUUUGUUCAAUGGGAAGAAUACGAGUCUAGGAAAAGCUGUCAGUAAAAUUAAUUUUUUUUUAUUUCGAAAAACUGAAAAAUUUAAAUUCCAGAAAUCCGCGAAAAUCUUGGUACCUGAAAAAUUGCUGGCCGAUGAUCCAUUUGAUCAACCCUUCCUGAGCCGCGCCUCAAAUUCGACAAUUCGUUUCGAGACCCAAAAAUAUUCCACGCAUUUUUGUGUCGCCUACAAUGUUACCAAGGCUUCCGGAAAGUUUGUAGUUUGAUUUGAUUUCAAGAAAAAAAUGUUAAAAAUUUGAAUUUUGCAGUUUUCGCGCCGAUGGUUUGGAGCCGAUCACGUUGGCAAUUCAUGCCACGUCACAUUAUAUGACGACGAUUGAGGGACAGGUGAGUGAGAGAAGAGAUAUUGGAGAGGGUUAGAGAAAUAGAGGAAUGUUGAAGGUGGAGAGACGGAGAGAGUAUAGGAAAUCUAGAGACGACUAGAGAAGAAAUUGAGAGAGUUGAGUGAAACUGAGCGGCUAGAGAGUACAUGGUUCUGGGAGUGUACAGACGAUUAGAUUGGGUAGAGACGCAGACAAUCGGAGAGUUUAGAGAAGCAAAUAGAACCCCGGGAGAUCACAGGAAAUCAAAAGACUCCAGAGAAAUUUAUAUUUUUUCAGUGUUCGUCUAGAAAUUGGAAUGGUCCAAUAUCUGUUAGCUUGUUUGUCGAUCGAUAUUCGAGUAAUACUGUAGAAUAUAUACACGAGGUUCAUCGAUGUUCAUCAAAAAUUAAUCAAAAGGUUUGUCAAGCUGAAAAUUCCAAAAAUUUGGAUCAUUCAGGUUACUGUAGAAACGUAUAGUUGAAAUUUUGAGCUGAAAAUUCUUCAAAAUAAGUAUUUUCAUUAUUUUCACCUGAAAAUUUAGGUCUAGAAACUCCUCAAAAGGUACUGUAGAAAAUAGUGCCAAAAAUUCCAAAAAUAUUGUUCUAGGCUGAAAUUUUGUGCUGAAAAUCUUCAUGAAAUUUUCUUCCAGCUCUCUGUGCACAUCGUCUACCGAAUGGCACCAUUUCAAACCACCUGCGAUCCAAUCUACAUUCCAAGAUCCACCAGAAAAUGUCAAGAUUUUGGAGCCGUCGAAAGUGAGCUCUUCUCAUUUUCUAAUUUUGAAUUUCAAAUUUCAAAAACCAAAUUUUCAGGACAACACGAACGUGCCAAAAUCGUUCCACCAUUCCAAAUCUAUCCGAUAAAUGUGAUGCGGAAUGUGGCGCGGAAAGGCGCGUUGUCUGAAAUUCAUAUGAUGGCUGAUGUUGAGAUGGUUUUUAGUGAGGGAUUUGCGUUGAAUUUGAAGAGAGUUGCGAAUAAAUAUAUCAAUGGGAAGGAUAAGAAUGUGCUGGUUAUACGGUAGGAUUUAUUGAUUUUUUUGAAGGUUGUCUGCGCUCUCUCAAUUCUCUAUACUCUUUCUAGUCUCUGGUGUUUCUUUCUCUGCGCUCUCUCAAAGCUUUCGAAGAGUUUCUAGACCCAAAUUUUGCGAUGAAAACCAUAAAAUAACUGAAAAUUGCUAAAAAUCUCAAAUUUCUAGCAUUUUCAGAACAAAAUUCUAGUCUAGAAAAAUAUUUUUCUACAGUAACCUGGAUGAUCUAAAUUUUUGGCACAAUUUUCUACAGUACCUUGUAAAGAGUUCCUAAACCAUAUUUUUCUCUGCACUCUCUCAAAUCACUGCUUCUCUGAUGUCUCUUUCACCCAUAGUGAUAUUUCACAAUCUCUUGCCCCUCUCUGACUUCUCUGCACCCUCUCAAUUCACUGCACAAUUUUUCCUAGACUUCUAUGAUGUCUGAUUUCUCUGCGCUCUCUUCAAAAUCCCUCUAUUUCCAGUCGUUUCGAAGUUGACAUGAAAGCCAAAAUCCCCAAAGACCAUCAACAACUCUUCCUAAUGAUCAAAGCAUUUCGCGCCUUCGAAUUCCAUCAUAAAUAUUUCCCAGCCGGUCAUACCAUCGAAUCCCUCUGGACCUGGUUUCGAAUGUCUCGAAAUGCCACUGAUGUUUAUGCGUGGCCAAUUGAAUACAAGUACGUUACAGUACCUAGCAGCUACAGUACUUCUACAGUAAUCCAUAUUUUUUUGUAGAUCAAGUUCUUGGGAGGCUCAAUUGGUGUUGCAUCGAAAAGAUCCGUACAAUCCGGAAUAUUUUCCGACGCGGAUUCGAGAUCAACAAUCUUUGGUGGGUUUAAAUUUUGCAAUUUUGCGGCAUGGUUUUUCUUGAGUUACGAGAUGAGAGCUUCAAAAUAAUAUAGAAUAAGCCUAGGCUCCGCCUAUUUUUCCAUUUUCCGCAGGUUUACAAUUGUUGUCGCGCAAAUUAUCGAUUUCUCAUCGCGUCACACGUGUUCAAUGUUCACCGUGGCGUCAAAACCAGUGAAUCCAACCUGUCAUCAGCAGUGUUAACGCAUCAGAAAAAGUUGAGAUUACGGUGGGUCAUUUUUUUCACUAUUUUCUCAUUCAUUUUCAAAAAAAAGGUUUCAGGGCUUCGAAACGUUUCCAAUCGCUGAUGAAUGAGACAUAUCCCAAUACGUAUCAAAGAUGCGGAAAGUUUUUAAUGUGA